GAAAAAAAAACUCCCAGUCACCAAGCCACAAACACUUGUGCAUCCUCUCUUGGCCUCUCCUGUCCAAGGUCAGUCCCACCUUCCACCCAGGAUUUAAGUACCUCAGCCCCUAAUGUUAUCAUCCCCGAAACCUGCCCAAGGUCAUGCCCCUGCACAAGAAACUGGUAACACUGGCUACCAUGCAGAAGAACCGGCUGGCCGGAAGGCCUGGAAGAGAAUCUUCUGGCGGCAGAUCCUACUUGCACUUGGCCUCUUAGGCCUGUUUCUGUAUGGCCUCCCUAAAUUCAGGCAUCUGGAAGCCCUCAUCCCCAUGGGCGUCUGCCCUUCGGCCACAAUGUCCCUGCUGAGAGACAACUUCACAGGUGCCCUGCGUCCCUGGGCCCGGCCUGAAGUUCUGACCUGUACCCCCUGGGGGGCUCCCAUUAUUUGGGAUGGCACUUUCGACCCAGAUGUGGCCAAGCAAGAGGCUAGACAGCAGAACCUCACCAUUGGGCUGACCGUCUUUGCUGUAGGCAGGUACCUGGAGAAGUACCUGGAGCGCUUCCUGGAGACGGCAGAGCAGCACUUCAUGGCGGGCCAGAGCGUGGUGUACUACGUGUUCACUGAGCGGCCGGAAGCGGUGUCCCGCGUGGCGCUGGGCCCGGAACGGCGGCUGCGCGUGGAGCGCGUGGAGCGCGAGCGGCGCUGGCAAGACGUGUCGAUGGCGCGCAUGCGCACGUUGCACGCGGCGCUGAGCGGGCGGCUGGGCCGCGAGGCGCACUUCGUGUUCUGCAUGGACGUGGACCAGCACUUCAGCAGCACCUUUGGGCCCGAGGCGCUGGGCGAGUCGGUGGCGCAGCUGCACUCCUGGCACUACCACUGGCCGCGGUGGCUGCUGCCCUUCGAGCGCAACGCGCAUUCGGCCGCCCAGAUGGCGCGGGGCGAGGGCGACUUCUACUACCACGCGGCGGUGUUCGGGGGCAGCGUGGCGGCGCUGCGAGGGCUCACGGCACACUGUGCGCGGGGCCUGGCCUGGGACCGCGCGCGCGGCCUGGAGGCGCGCUGGCACGACGAGAGCCACCUCAACAAGUUCUUCUGGCUGCACAAGCCCGCCAAGGUGCUGUCGCCCGAGUUCUGCUGGAGCCCGGACCUCGGCCGGCGGACCGAGAUCCGCCGCCCGCGACUGCUCUGGGCGCCCAAGGAGUACCGGCUGCUGCGGGACUAGCGCCGCCGCCGGCUCCUGGCCCUCCGGCUUCUCCGCCGGCCCAGCCGGCCCGGCCUCACUCCCGCUCCCGGCGUCUUUGGCCCCGGGAAGGUGUGGAGUGGGAGUCACGAGAGGCAGAGAUCCUGAAACCGGGCGGGGCCUUCUGGACGCUGAUGGCGCUCUGGAGGGCAGAGAGAUACUGGAUACAAAGCCCUACCCGCUUCGUGUGCGCCAGUCCGUGGGAGUGGGAGGAGGCGGAGGGGCUCCUCGCCUUUGGGGAGCUCCUCACUUCGAGAGAAAAAUCCCCUUCCCUUAGCUUAGCAGUGAGCGAGGCACAACUGCAGUGGAGCCCCGAGCUAUCAGCCUGUAGACCUUUCACACCUGAGCCUGCAGAAUGCAGCUGGUGUCUCUGGAGAUGUUUUAGUCCCACCUGCAACCCCCUUUUUAAAUGAGGAGACUGAGACACAAAGAGGAAACAUAACUGGCCAAGGACACAGAGGGUCCGAGUCACUGUGAUGUCAGCGGCUGGAGAGGCGUGGCUGGCCCCUCGGGAUGUCUCUGGGCAGGAGCCACAGGAAGAAACACAGGUGGCACCCCGUCAUUGGCUCUGCCCUCUUACCUCCCCUGCUCAUAAGCACGGUUUGUACAUAUUUCAGUAAUAUUAUGAUAUAUUAUUCCUGUGCUGCGAGACAAAGUAGCAAACAUAAGAAGCCAUGUUUGCUCCUUUCCCUUGCCAGCAUAAUUUCACAAAGCCCUGACUGUGACAGCAUAUAGCUGUCAAAACAAAAAACACAGCUCCCCACGUCCCUUGCCAGAGUCACUAUAUUCCCUAAAAAAAAAUAAGUGACUCUAGAUAUAUCUCCAUAUAAGAUAAUGUCAGUUGGGGUUAGUGAUCAUGCUUCUAUAAACUAUAACCAGAUACACUCUUACACACAAACUUAGAUAUAAUUUUACGCAUACUGAAGCUUCACCACCUAUAUCUAAACUCUAAACUAAAAUACAACAUUCAGGCUGGGCAUAGUGGCUCAUGCCUGUAAUCCCAGCGCUUCGGGAGGCUGAGACAC